AUGAUUGUAAUACAAUUAAUUCAUCUAAGCUUAAUAAAAUCCAAUACUUAAAUCAAAGAAAUUAUCAAUCAAAUGAGUAUUUGUUUUGAAUGGAUUUAAAAAUAGAUAGAUUUAAAAAUGAAUGCAUUAGAGAACUUGAACAUAAAACUCUUAAACCAAUAGUAUCUAACUUUUAAGUCUCAAAUAAAAGUAAUCAAGCAUUUUACUCAAGGGAAAAAGAAAGUUAGAUAUGUAUUUGUUUUAAUAAUUGAAAUAACUACUAAAUUGUUUGUAUAUCUAGAGACAAUUUGA